CCCACCCUCCCAACUCUCUCUCACUCUCGCUUGUAUUCAGCGGCGAUCAAGGGGCCGUCGGCCGCCGCCGCCGCUCAAAAUGUCGACACUCCUUGACCCUCUCUCUCUCUGCGGCGCCACUUCUCACCGGAGGGGCACCGCGACCCCUGACCUGGGCCAACAACGCCUAUCCUGGCCCCCCGGCUCCGAGUUGCAGGGGUGGCCUCCUGCCUCCGUGGCCGCCCCCGCGUGACCUUGGAUCUGAAUUUUCAAUCGCUUAUUACAAUUCAAUUGGAAGAUGCAAUUAAUCAAUAAUUUUUGCCAGUCACAUAUUUUGAUAUUUGUAAAUUAAUUUUUUUGAUUGGCUCAUCAUCAUAAUCGAUACGCGCGCAGCGCUGAAGCGAUUCGCACUUGAAAUUUUGCAAAAAACAAUUUCGCCGAGACUAAAACAAUGCCCCCACCCCUUUUCCAUGGAAACGCGACGGCUAUGCAUCAAAUGGAGCAGAAAAUUAUCAAUAAAGAUUAAAUUUUUGUUGUUAAGCAAACAUAAUAAAUUUGGAUAAUUUUAAUUGUUUUCUAUUUCGGCUACAAAAACGAACUUAAGAAAUAUAUGAUAAGAUAUUAUUAUAUGAAUUUUUUUCUAAUAAAAUCACAAAUUAUUAUUAAUUGCAUUACUAUUAUGGAAAGGAAUUAUUUAUUUUAUGUAUAAAUUACUAUUUUUUUGCUAGUGCAGAAAUAUCAAGUGGUAAAACCGAUCCAUGAGGAGGAUUCGCUGCCAAAAAUAAUAUGCAGCACGUGCGUGGACAAAAUCGAGUCGUUCUACGAGUUCCGCGAGUCAUGCAUCAAUGCAGAGGCCAUGCUCGACAGCUACUUCACUUCCAUGAAGUACUCGGAGGACCUUGCCAAGGAUGGAAAGCAGGUGUACGUGAAGGACGAGACGACGGGGGGUCUGAAGAUGCAGUCCAAGGAGGAGCUGAAGGUGAUCCAGGAGACAAACGGCAAGUCGCUCAAUGACGGUUUGAACUCGCUGGUGCAGGCAGCCGGCAUCGCAACCAUCAUCGACGAGGCACCCGCUCCGCAGCAACACCAACAGCAGCAACAACAGCAACAGCACGUCAUCAGGGCGUCGGCGGCCGCUCUGCAGUACAACCGUGCCGUCGCCGAGGCCACUGACGCGCGUGACUCCCUCAAGGAACACGAACAGGCUAUUGCGGCGGUGGUGCAGGAAAUGGACGAGCGUGGCUCAAAACGGUCAGUGUCGGAGGUGAUGAGCCUGGACCCAAACAUUCAAAUCGCCAUCCAGCAGUCGACGCCCAUCACAUUCACCGCCAGUCAGGAGAUGCUGAUGGAGUUUGGCUUCAUCAAGGACAAGGACGGCAUUUUGCGCAGCGUCACCACCACCACUGCCGAUGACCAGAAUGCCCUUGCCAGGUCCUCGAUUGCACAAAUUGGCGAGUUCUUGAAGAUGAAGACGGUGAUCCCGGUGCUGGCGGCCGAUGGGACGAGUGUAAUCGCGGCCAGCAGCGCCCUGGGUGACGACGACGAUGGCAAGGUGCUACGAGAGGUUGUGCAGAUUUGCGGCCGCUGCUGCAAGACUUUUGAAUCGCAGGAGGAGCUUGUCAACCACGCCUGCAUGAACACGGUCACGCUGUCAGCAUCAGCAACGGCCACCCCCAAUGCUAGCAAGAAGUCGCGCCCCGGCAACAGCAAGGGUGGCAACUCAGAGCUGCAGCCUGGUGGACCCUUCCCCUGCCAAACCUGCGGCAAGGUAUUCAGGCGGAAAGAACACCUCUUCCAGCACAGCAAACUGCACACAGGUGAGCGGCCCUUUGGAUGCACGACCUGCAGCAAGUCAUUUUCGCGAAAGGAGCACCUGGUGCGGCACUUGUCGUCGCACACCGGCGAAAAGCUGCACGCCUGCGAAAUGUGCGGCAAGUCGUUCUCGCGCAAGGACAAUUUGCUGAAGCACCGCAAGACGCACGGAAUUGCGGGCCCGUUUGUGUGCCAGACUUGCGGCAAAAGCUUCGUAGUCAAGCACUACUACCAGAUCCACAUCGCUUCCCACUCCAAGGAGCAGCCGUACGUGUGUGAGACGUGCGGCAAAAAGUUUGCGCAGAAACAGUACCUCACCACCCACCAACACCGGCACAGCCGCAAGCAGCAGCAGGCGGGCCAAAAGUCGGAGGUGAAAAACGAGCCAGAGCCGAGCGAGACGCUGCUGGUACUGCAGGAAGAGCAGCAGCAGCAGCACGAGGUGCAGCAAGUGGUGGGAGGCGAGGGGCAGGGUGAGCAGCAGGCGACGGCGACGCAGGUGGUGCAGCAGAUAGGCUCCAUCAUCAGCGCGGUGCAGCAGCACGACAGCCACCAGCAACAGCAGCAGCACCAACUCGCGCAGGCCUACCUCAACCCAAGCGAACUUCUCGAGACCUACCGCCGCAUGAACCCUGCCUAGCCCGACGCCCUCGGCGCGCCGCCCACUCAAAUGUGAUACCUUUCGGUCGUCAGGUUGGCUCGCGGCCCCAACCGCCUCUCCUAGCCAACUGCAAAUUGGGAGUGGGGGAAAGGCGUCGGCCAAUCAGUUUUUUUUAAGCUUUUUUUAAAGAUUGAUCUGACGUCACAAAGUAAUUAACUGAUUUGUAUCGCAGCUUUAAUUAUUUCCUAAGUUGAAUUCGACAAUAUCUUUGUUUUGAGCAGCUGAAGCAGUCUUGCUUUUUUAUUUGCUUGACCCAGGGAGAAUGAAAAGCACUCUGGCGUUUUAUUUUUAUUGACUCGGUUCUAGUGAAAUUCGGAUGUGUGUGAUAGUAUUUUUUAAAAAAAUACGUUGGGGCCGACAGCCUAAGUAAGUGCCUUUCGGGUUUGACUCGAGUUCCAAGAAGUAGUGCGUGGCCGAGUGGCGAAUCGAGUACCUUUGCCAUACGAACUCUCAAGGCAAUUUUCAAGAGUCGUGUACAUAGAAUUUGAUGGAAUAUGGACGAAAAUGUAUUUGUAUUUUGCAUGCAAGUGAGCUAAUUUUAGAGUAACUUUCUCUCUACUCUUACUGAUGAAUAACAUUAAUUGUAAUUCAUUAACUGGAAAAAGCACACCUAGCCCUCUGUACAUACGAGUGUGCAGAUUGAACGCCAUAAAAGUAAAUUCAUUUUGUCUUAUUGAUGUCGGAGAGAUUUGUUACCUUGAAGAAUUGUGUGUAGGAAGCAGCAAAUAAUAAAGCAAUAGUUUACACCGAUUGACAGCAAAAAAUGAAUGUCAUGAU